AUGGUACAUUCUCCUACGAAACUGAACACAAGUGCACUUGAUCCAACUUUACCCGGUCGAUUUGCACCAGAUGCAACAGUUCGUAGUAUCGUUACUCCAUUAAUGGUUGAAGAAUGGAUUAAUACAACAUCACACAAGGCAUAUUAUGAUCGAUGCCAACCGAUCACAUGUACUUACUCAUAUGUGGACAAAAAUCCAUGGCUUGUCGUGAUUAGCAUUACUCUUGGACUGAUCAAAGGUUUAACAACUAUUUUGAAAAUUGUUGUACCUCUUGUUGUCAAAUUUUUCAGUUAUUGCUGUUGCAAUCGAGUUCAACCAUUAUCUAGUAACUGA